AUGAAUAGAAGCCAAAGGCUCAUGUCUUUAUUUGAAUCGCUACUGGAAACAGAAAAGAGGCUGGAUCAAGUCAUUACGCAAAAGAAAAUGGCAGUUGAGGAGGCGCAUUUUAAAAAAAUAAAGAAGCUGUGCACUGUGAGAAUCCACAUAUUUCUGGAGAGAACAACAGAAGAUACGCUCUUUGUUCUCAUCGGAGGGAAGGUCAGAUCAGAGCCGGAUGAAGCUGCAGAAGAAGAGGCGCCAGAAACCAAGUCAAUAGGAACAAUCAUCAACAAACUGUUCGUAGAGCUAAAUAGAGGAGAAGAGAGCUCCAAAGAGAUCACAAACAGCGCGAUAUCAAUGGAAGUAUCGCAUGAUGCGUACAGCGCAGUAAACAGGAACAGAGUAGAGCUGUCGCACAGUGAGAAUGAAGCCUUCUUCGAAUGGCACAACAGAUCACCGCCAUCAGAUGUCUCUGAGUUUGAGAUAAAAACAACGGCCAAAUCAACACACGGAAGGAUAUACAUCAGCUUCAUGAGCUACACGGGAGUGUACGAGCUGUGCACAGAGCUGGCACAGCACAUUGGGAUAAUAAGAGGGUCUAAGUCAUCGAUACUCCUUGGAAUAUGGAAGUACAUCACUGCACAGAAGAUGAGAGAUCCAUCGAAGCAAAAGAGCAUUAUAUGCAAUGACGUGUUCAAGAAGGCCUUUGGUCAAGAAGAAAUAACAUUCUCAGAAAUCAUCCAAAAGCUAGACCAGUAUUUAUCGCCCGUUGAAAUGAUUAAUUUUGAUUUUGCAAUUCCCACACAGCCAGGCACAAAGACACAGCUAGCAUACGAUAUCAAAACAGAACUAGACCCAAUGAACAGAGAGUAUGCAUACUCAAACAACAACAAGAUAGCCAUACAGAAUAAGAAGAUAGAGGACAUUCUUAUAAGGAUAGAAAAGCAGGACGAAAAGAUAGAGUCGCUCGAUAAGUUCAUCCAGAGCCCAAAAGAGUACAUCUCCAACUGGAUUCUAGACAGCUCGAAGGACUUGCAUCUGAUCGCAGACGAUCUCUUUGACAUAAGCGAUGGAUUUUAUACCCAGAAGGAAAUACAAGAAAGUGUAUAUCAGCUGCUACAGAAUUAUAAGUGA